AUGCACAGCAGCACCCAGGCAGAUCGCCUGCCAGCAGACGCCAGCGUCAAGCUCGAUCAUGUGGGGGUGGGCUGCAACCGAGUGGUUCAUGCGCUGCACUGGGGCGAGGGCAGCGGGCUGCUAGCCUACGGAGCCCACAACGCGGUGGCGGUGUACCACCCAGAGGAGGCAAGGGUGCUGGGCACACUGCUGGGGCACACCGACGUGGUGACCUGCGUGCGCUGGCUGCCAGCGGGCCACGGAGCGGCCGCGGCGCUGGCCUCUGGCUCGGGCGACUGCACCGUGCGCCUCUGGCUGUGGACUCCCCACACGCCGCACCAGCCCUGGCGCCUGGCAGCCACGCUGCAAGCACACACCGCUCCCGUCACCUCUGUGACCAUCCACGACACGGGCAACGGCGGCCUGCUGCUGGUCAGCACCGCGGGCGACGCCGAGGCGGUGGUGUGGGAGCGCGACGCGGCGACCGCCAGCAGCGACGACGCGGGGCAGGCGCUGGGGCAGGAGGCGUGGCGCCUGCGCCAGCGCAUCCCUCUGGGCCACCAGCUGCAGCACUGCUCCGCGCUGGCGCCGCUGCCUGGAGACCCCGCCUGGUUGCUGCUGGCGCUGGGCGGCGUGGAUGGCGGCGUGCGCCUCUACUGCUGCCCGCCCGGCGGCCUGUUUACGGCGGUGUGCAGGCUGGAGGGGCACCAGGACUGGGUCCGGGGCCUGGACUUUGCGCAGGUUGAGGACGGCAAGCUGCUGCUGGCCAGCGCCUCCCAGGACAAGAACGUGCGCGUGUGGGCCGUCACGCGGCAGCAGCCAGACGCCAGCGGCAACGGCGGUUGCGCCGCCAGCAGCGGCGCCGCGGACCCCGCCUCGCUGGCGCAGCGCCUCACCCGCUACGCCCCCAAGCCGGCCAUCCACGCCGGGCGGCACACCUACGCCGCCACCCUGGAGGCGCUGCUGGUGGGGCACGAGGACUGGGUGCACUCGGUGGCGUGGCACCCGCCGGCUGCGGGGCUCGGCGGCGGCGACGGCGGCGGCGCCACUGCCACCCGCCCCGCCUGCCUGCUCACUGCAUCCAUGGAUCGCACGAUGAUGAUCUGGCGACCAGACGCAGCCACUGGGCUGUGGAUGGGCGAGGAGUCUGUGGGCGAUGCGGGGGCCAACCAUCUGGGGUACUAUGGCGGCGGGUGGGGCCCCGGCGGCGCCGCCAUCGCCGCCCACGGCUUCACCGGAGCGCUCCACAUCUGGCGGCGGCAGCCCGACGGCGGCGGCUGGCUGCCGCAGCACGCGCUGGGCGGGCACUUUGGGCCGGUCGUGGACGCCUGCUGGGCUGCCGACGGCGCCUGCCUGCUCACCGUCAGCGCCGACCAGACCGCGCGCAUCACCACCCGCAUGCACGGCGGCCACUGGUGCGAGAUUGCUCGCCCGCAGGUGCACGGCCACGACUUUGCUGCCGUGGCCGCCCUGCCCGCGGGCGCCGGCGCGGGAGGCCAGCACCCGGGCGCGGCAGCUGCCCGCCAGGCUGGCAAUGCAGCGGCAGGCCCGGCGGCGGCCGCCUGCGAGGAGGGGCGGCAGCGGUACCUGUACGCCAGCGGCAGCGAGGAGAAGGUGGUGCGCGUGUUUGAGGCGCCCCGCGCCUUCACAGACACCCUGGCCAUGGCGCGCGGCAGGCCGGACGGCGGCGGCGGCGCGCGAGGUGCCGUGCUGGGCGCGCUGCUCCCCGCUCUGGGCCUUUCCAACAAGGCGGUGUACCAGGAGGACGGGGAGGAGGGGCAGCAGCAGCAGGCAGGCAAUAGGGCUGCGGCUGGGGUGGGCCAGAGCGGAGGGGUGGCGGCCACGGGUGCGGCGAUGUAUGCCGACGGCCCAGACCUGGCCCCCCAUGCGGCUCCCAGCGCGGUGGCGGGGCCUCCUCUGGAGGAGCACCUGUGCCAGAACACGCUGUGGCCAGAGGUGCACAAGCUGUACGGCCACGGCAACGACCUGUACUGCCUGGCGGCAGACCCCGCGGGGCGGUACCUCGCCUCCGCCUCCCGCGCCCAGUCUGCAGACGCAGCCGCCAUCUGGCUGUGGGACACCCGCAAGUGGGUGGGCUGCGCCCAGCUGCACACCCACACGCUGACAGUUACGCAGCUGGCCUUCAGCCCGGAUGGCCGCUGGCUGGCAUCCGCCUCCCGCGACCGCACAGUGGCGGUCUUUGAGCGGCAGCCGGCCACCGCAGGCGGGGCUGGCGCCCCCGAGGCGGCUGCGGCGGCCUUCCGCCUGGUGGGGCGCAUCAAGGCGCACACCCGCAUCGUGUGGGCCCUGCACUGGUCCCCCGACGGCCGCCUGCUGGCCACAGCCUCCCGGGACGGCAAGGUCAAGGUGUGGAGGCUGGGCGCUUCUAGCGCAGCAGCGGCCAGCGAGGCCGGCAGCAACGGCAGCGCCCCAGCAGCAGCGCUGCCGUCGGCGCCUGUUGCGACCAUCGAGUGCGGCGACAGUGUGCGCAGCGUGCAGUUUGCCCCUGUCUGCCGGCCAGGCACCAGCUACUACCUGGCUGCCGGCCUGGAGAGUGGCGCUCUGCAGCUGCUGCAACUGGUUGCUGAUGCCAGCAGCACGCCCGAUGCCCAGCCCCAGCAGCAGCAGGAGCCAACCUUUUACAGGCACCAGCUGAACGGGCCCUUGUGCCCCGGCUGGGUGCAAACCGGCCUCAUCGACAGCUGGGUGGCCCGUGGGUUUGCGCUGCCGCUGACGUUGACUCCAUGCGACCUGUGGCCACACCUGCACGGCCGCACACUCUUUUUCAUGGGCGACUCGAUGAUGCUCGAUUUUUUCAAGGCCGCCGCCUGCUUCAUGAUUGAGUUCUACAAAGGGCCCGGGUUGGAUCAUGAGCCGCUGACGGAUGACGAGGAGCUGCAGGCCGACUUCGACGCCGGCCAACUCAUGUAUGGUCGUGCGUUGUUGCUGCUACCGAGGGUCGCACGGCCCACUGACCUGCUGGUGGUCAACUUUGGCCUGCAUCACAACAGCAGCGACUAUGCACAGCAUCUGGUCGGAUUUGCAAACUACUACCACCGGCACCAGCGCACGCUGCCUCGUCUGCUGUGGCAGCAGACCUCGCAGCAGCACUUCCAGACGCCGGCGGGCGAGUACCCAGGGGGCAAGCCGCCGUUCCAAUGCCAGAAACUAGAGCACUUUUCUGUGGUGGGUGGGGGUGAGAUCGUGCUGGAGCAAGGGUUCGAGGACCCCGGCGACAUCCUGCACGGCGCGUGGCGCAACAAGUUGGCCGACCCCAUCAUGCGCAAAGCAGGCAUCCCCAUCUUGUCAUCCUUCAACGAGACCCUGCCCAUGGCGGACAUGCACCAGAACAACGGCCACGACCACGAAUGCACACAUUACUGUCAUCCCUCGGCGCCGCAGUGGUGGCUUGCAGCACUCUACCACUCGCUGCAGAACCUGGCACCCGCAGCGGCGGCCCCUGGCUGA